AUGGGGGCUGAUAAAGAACUUAAUUUGUCCUGUCCCUCACCCAUACCCAUAUAUCACACCCACCCUCUUAUUCUCUCUCCAUGCCCUGCCUCCGAUUCCAAACCUUGGCCCUCUGAAAUCAAUUCCUUUCUCGACAACUCAAUCCCCGAAAUGUCCAAAAUCGGAUCCAAUUUCCCAACAACCCAAUUAGACACUUGUGCAAUCUGUUGCCUGACUAAGACCCGAGAGUUCACUCCGAUUGAGGUAAUUCUUGGUGGAUCGAUGAAGAUAUUGAGAGAGACACCAACCUCGGUGAUAAUGAGGUUCAAGGUUGGAAGUGUAGAGCCGGCUCAUCACCACACUUUUGGACAUGAUUUGGUGGUGCUGAAGGGAAGCCAAAGGGUGUGGAUUUUAAGCAAGAAAGAGAAUUACGAUUUGGGUGUUGGUGAUUUCUUGUUCACGCCGGCUGGGGAUGUGCUUUGGGUGAAGUAUUUUGAGGAUACUGAGUUUUUCAUCAAGUGAGGUGGGCAUUAGGAUCUUUUGAUGGAUGAGGAUUUUGAUGCUGCCAAUGCUUCUAUUCAAGAGAAGAUUUAG